AUGGUGCUAGCACCAGAGGAAUUGUUAGCAGCAAAAGAUGUGCCAACAACUAGUUCGUCUGGCACUGAAAACAUGGAUGACACUGCUAGGAUCAAAUCUAUCAUCAAGGAGUAUCCCAAAGUUUUCGAUACCAAGGGCCUUAAUGGGUUGCCACCUGAUAGAGGUAUUCCACAUGUCAUUAAUACGGGGGAUACGCCACCUAUCAAUAGACCACCAUAUCGAAUGAGCCCUCGAGAACUCGACGAGCUCAAACGUCAAUUGAAUGAGCUAUUGGACUUAGGUUUGAUUGAACCUAGCACAUCACCAUGGGGAGCACCCAUUCUCUUUGUCAGAAAGAAAGAUGGAUCUAUGCGGAUGUGUAUCGAUUAUCGGGCACUCAACAAGGCAACCAUUCGCAACACUUCACCACUCCCACGCAUCGAUGAAUGUUUGGAUCGACUUCAUGGAGCCAAGUUUUUCAGCAGUUUGGAUCUCAAAAGUGGCUAUCAUCAAAUUCGUUUGGAUCCUGCAGAUGCACCCAAGACAGCCAUGAAUACACGCUAUGGGAAGUUCAGCUGGCGUGUCCUACCUUUUGGUUUAGCCAAUAGUCCACCAAUCUUUCAGGCUCAAAUGAAUGCAACUCUUGGUAAUUGUGUUGAUGAUUUUGCAAUGGUCUACCUCGAUGAUAUCUUGAUCUUUAGCAAAACUAAGGAGGAACAUGAACGACAUCUACGACAUGUAUUGGAUCGUCUUAAAGCCGCUCAAUUUGUGGUGAAUCUCAAAAAAUGCAACUUGUUCAGGCGACAUGUCAACUUUUUGGGUUUCAAGGUCUCAGCUGAAGGCACGGCACCAGAUGAUGGCAAGGUCAAAGCAAUCGUAUCAUGGCCAACACCAACCAAUGUUCAAGAGGUGAGGCAAUUCGUUGGCAUGGUACAACAUUUUCGACGCUAUAUCCCCAACUUUGCCAGUAUUGCCACUCCCUUGACGGAUCUCACACGAGGUACUGGUGCCAAAAGACGACCAAUUAUAUGGACACCAGCUUGGCAAACCAGCUUUGAUCAAUUAAAGCACCUCCUUACAGUGGCACCAGUCCUUCAGGCACCUUGCAUGGAUCGGCCAUUUCGCAUUGAAACGGAUGCCUCAGAUUUCGGUUUAGGCGCUGUAUUAAGUCAACCCGAUGAUAAAGGUCGAUGGCAUCCUUUAGCAUAUGAGUCGCGUAAGUUUUCGUUGGAGGAACGUUCAUACCCGGUACAAGAACGAGAACUGUUGGCCAUCCUAUAUGCUCUUCGUCAAUGGCGUGGAGCUCUGUAA